AUGGUAUCCAAGAUCUGGCUUCCCGUGCUUUCCUCCUUCCUUCCCCUCCUCGCAUCAGCCCGAAACCUUACUGCAACCGCCUUCCCCCUCAACACAGUCGAGAUCCCCGUGACAGCCGACCCAGUCCUCUACUUCACGAUCCAAAACGACACAAACACGACCCAAGAGACCGCAACCAGGCGGGUCUCCUACUUCGUGUACGACGGCCAGGCCAUCAUCGACGGCGACGUCCGUUUCGGCACCGAGGAGGAGAUCCUCCAAGCCGCUGUAGAUCCACUGACCAAGCGGUCAGCCUCCACCAAGCACAGCAAACGUGCCCUCUCCCAGAGUACACCCAACCGCUGGCCCGGCGGCCGGAUCGAGUACCGCUACGAGUCCGAACUCACGCGCGCGUCCCGCCACCUGAAUUUCGAAGUCGCGAUCAAGCGCUGGGAAGACACGCUGCCCUUCCUCCAAUUCGUCGAAGUCUCGCCCCCAGCCGACGUGCCCUGGGCCCCCUCAGGCCCACGCACGAUCCGCGCGAUCGAGGGCACAGUCUCCUGGUCUGACAUUGGCGGGGCUGGCGGCGAGAUCCGGCUCGGCGACCACGGCCCCGACAGCAUCGGCGUCUAUACGCACGAGAUCGGGCAUACGCUUGGUUUGUACCAUGAGCACAAGCGGCCGGAUCGCGACGACUAUGUCGAGGUUGUCUGCGAGAACAUGUGGCAGCCCUCCGACUGUGCGACCGGGAGCGGCUGGGCGGCGCAGUUCUCGAAGGAGCAGCCUGAGUGGGUCAACUGGGCGGGCAAGUACGACGUCAACAGCGUCAUGCACUACGAUCCCUGGGCGUUCUCGAACGGACUCGGUCCGGUGCUCAAGUCCAAGACCGUGACGGAGCUGUGCUCGAGGUGCAGAGAGUCUCCCACCAAGACCGACGCGCAAAGGGUCUGUGAGAUCUACUGGGAGGACUGCCACAGCGUCUGCGGCGACGGCAUCCUGAGCUCGCAGUACGAGGAGUGCGACGACGGGAACAACCUCAACGGCGACAGCUGCUCGAGCGACUGCAAGAAAGGCCCAGGAUCACUCUGCGGUAACGGCGUCGUCGACACCGGCGAGGAGUGCGACCAUGGCCCGUCGGGCAGCUGGACAUGCGAUGUCACAUGUAAGGAGAUUGUGUAUCCGUACUGCGGCGAUGGGAAGGUGAACCAGAUCUCCGAGGAAUGUGAUGACGGCCCCAGUGGCAGCGCGACAUGCACGCCUCUUUGCAAGACGAUCACGACGCCGCCGCCGACGAAUGGCACUUGCUUCGACUUCUGCGAUCCGCUGCCGCCCGUGCCGGACAGGAAUAUGUGCGAUAUUACUACCAGCUGCACGACUAUCGACUGGCCGGGUGCUAGGAGCUACGGAGAGCACUAUUGCGCCUGUCGCGCGGGUUACAGGGCCAAUGGCGUCGAUGUCGCUGAUAUGAAGCAGCAGUAUCGCAUGCCUUGGCCGGGCCAGGUGAGGGUGUUCGUAAAGCCGGGACUGGUCUGUGAUACGCCUUGCACGGAGCACUGGUGCGCGGAGGUGUCGGAGAAGGCCGAGUGCUUCUAG